CGGUUAAUGUUAUACUAAAGUUAUACUGUACUUUCGACUGGAGUUGACUUGGCUUCUCCGUCUCGCUUCUCCUGGUCUGUGGGCUUUUGAAGUCAAUAUGACGGCAAUAAAAAUCAGGGUCGGGGCCGCUCCGCGUGGGAAGCCCACCCCUCUUUUUCUAGACCUGUUUUGUCGCAGCCUCAUCAUCCUGUGCACGUUCCUGUCCGUCAUCCUCUCGUCGGUCGCGGUGUGCGACGGUCACUGGCUGCUCGCCGGCCGCCGCAUGUUUGGCCUGUGGUAUUUCUGCUCACUCGAGGAGCAGCAGGGCCCCGCGUCGGGGGCCCAGAGCUUUAAAGCGUCCUCUAACUGCACCAGACGGCUGGAGGAGGCAGGGGUGGAUGGUCUGGCCGCGGGCUUGGCGGCGUGUCGUUCUGUGAUCACUCUGGCCGUGGUCAGCGCCGUAUUCGGCCUGGAGUUGCUCGUCAUGUCGCAGGCCAGCGAAGGCAGGGACUCCAGUCGGCGCUGGACCUUCGGGGCACGGCUGGUGCUGCUGGCCGGGGUGAUGGCCGCCGGAGGCCUCGCGGCUUUUAUACUGCUGUUAGGGGCCUUUGCCACGCUCCUCGGGUUUACCCUCACCUUCUGGUGUCAGUUCACCGCCACCUUCCUGUUCUUCCUCAAUGGAGCGGCAGCGCGGCACAUCCAGCGCUUUGAACCGCUCUUUAAUGGACAUCCCGACAAACUGUAGAAAGAAGGCUAACAUAAACUCUUGGAGAAGCUGGAUUAGGAGCUGCUGUCGGUGCAUUCUUUGCAUCAAGUGAUUUUGACGCUUCAUAAAUGAUGAUUUAUAAAUAGUGAACUUUCUAGAAAGGCCCCAAGAAGGCCCUAUGUGUAAAUGUUUAUGAAGGAAUUUUUUAUUUCCUAUUUUAUAAUGCGUUUAAUUCCAUUGUCAUUCAUUUUAAAUAAAUUUGAUUUCAUUUAAUAUUGAUGACCAGCAGCUGACAACUGAUUCUAGUUUAAUCUCUAAACAAUGCAUCUUUACAGUUAACUUAAUAAAGAAUAGUUAUUGAACAGA